GCACUUCAUGUCAUUUGUCAUUUUUAAAAAUGUGGGACUGUGUGAUGAAAUAAAUUGUUUUGUUUAAAUUCAUUUAAAAUCAUGUCUGAAAAUUUAUUAAAUGAGAUUGCUUCAGGUGAAGUAAACCCUGAUUUACUUAUAGAAUGGCUGUCACAGGAUAAACACAUCAGUGAAAUAAACAAAUUUAGAUGUAGCAAAGUGCAGUUUCUGACUUACUUCUUAAACUUUGUGCAUGAAGAAAUUCCUUGCUCUACUAAGAUUACUGAAAUACCUCAAAAAGGCGUUUCUCUAGAAACCAAGGAACAAGAACCAAUAGCGAGAAAACGCCCUAGUCCACAGUCAACUCCUGUUAAAUCAACAAGUUAUCCUCCUGUAGAAAAAUGCACAAUUUCUACUGACAACAGUUUGAACAGUAGUACUCCAAAAGUUAAAAAAACACUAUCAAAUUCAUUAUUAGAAAGCAGCUAUGCAAGUCCAGUUUCACCAUUGUACAAAAAAGACUGUAGUUUUAGUAGCCCCAAGUACAAGCGUAACAGCAUUGAAAAGAACUCGUCCAUGUGUCUUGGAGAUUAUAUCAUAAAUGCAAGACCACUGUCUAACAAAAAAAGACAUUCUAAAAAUGCUGAAGAAAAAAAGAGGAUUACACCAACAAUUUUGAACAGCUAUUCGCCAAAUGAUGGUUUUAAGCAAUCUUCAAAUAGUUUCAAUUUUAUUACAAAUGACAGUUCAUUAGAAAAUCAAAAUAUCAGUAGAAACAAAUUAAUGGAGGAACGAUUAAAAAUUGUUCAGAAGAAAGACUGUGAUAAAACAGCAUUUGCUUCUGUAAAACUAAAUCCUGCUAUAUCAAGUAGCAAUGGUGAAAUUGAAUUUGAUGCUAAAAAGGUUGUAUUUAAAGAAAAUAUAGAUAGGAUAGCAAGUGUUUAUAUCACAAUUUUAAACAAUAAGAUGGUCUUGAAUGUUACUAGUGAGAUUCACUUUAUUAUAUCUUUAUUAUUGAUAAAUAGUUUUAAAGAUGAAGAGAAUACUCGAAGUAAUAGUUGUAAGAAAUAUUUUUUAUCUAUAAAUAACAUUGUGUACUUUGCUGUGAAAUGUUUACAGUCUCAGUUUGAUAUUUUAAAACACUAUGAAAGAUCCUUAUUAAGGCUCCUCUUAUUGAACCAAAGACUUUGCCUAUUGGCACCAGAUUUCUGCUGCAGAUUGAAGGAAAUAUUGAGGAACAAACAGGAUAGAAUUAUGGAUGUUUUAGAAAAUAAUCACCACACAAAUAUAUGUUUUAAUCUUGAUACAGACAAUAGGGAGAAUUUUCCCAGUGGUGUGACAUUCCAUGCAUUCAGAAAACAGAGAGAUUUGUUCUAUGACAUUUUGAGAAUUUGGGAAAACAAUCACUUGAGUCCAAAUUGGAGUUUUUCCAUAGCAUUUUCUGGGAAAAUAAAAAGUCUGCUGAGUUUGUGUUCUGAACCCAUUAACUUUGUGCAUUUAUCAAGAUUGUUCAAGGCACAGCUGGUAAGCAACUGUGGAAAGUCUUUGAAGGUAAAUAUAUUUUAUAUGUUCUCAUUUAGAGUGAAACAGAUGACAGAUUCCAUGCCUGUGCUCCAAAUUUGUCCAGAAAACAGGAUUUUUUCCAGUUUUUAAAAGCUGCUAGCUUAGGCAAAACAUUCUUCUGUAAAUUAAUAACAGCUUCGUAUGGCCAGUGCAGUAUCAACAUGCUUAUUUCCUUUUUUUUUUCAGGAAGAAGGACUUGUAGAAGAACAACUGCCCUCAUUCUCAUCUUUUCCCAACAUAGAUGCAGAUAAACUAAGUCGACUCAAAAAUCGCCUGAUCACAAAACAGCCUUCCAGUGGGCUUAAUUCACCGCCCCUGUUUACUGGUUAUCAAGAAUUCUAUAAAGAUUUCAUUGUUGUUGCUGCCAACCAUGUUUUUGACAAACAUUUGUCAGACAUGUUUAUUUCUGAAAUUGUAGAGCUGAAUGAGACGAAAUUUAUGUGUACAGGAAUUGAACAGUCAGAUGCGGAUGUAGACGCACCUACGAAAAAAUCUUAUUUGGAAUGUGUAAAGCGAUUGCGAAUUUUAGCAAAGUUUCUUGGAUUUAUCCAGGCUUUGCCAUACAAAUCUGAUAUUGCAUAUAAUGAGACUCUGCUAGCUACGCAAGUGAAGAUAAGGCAACAGCAACUGCCAUCUCUAGAUAUCAAAUGCAUUUUGGAAAAAUCUGUGCAGCAGAAUUACAGAGUUUUGACAAUACCAUGGAUUACAAAGUACCUGUCUAUGUUAGACUAUGUUACGUUAAGGCUGCCUUACUACAUGUCAUGUUAUAGGAUACUUUUUUCAAUAUAUAAAGAUGCAUUCAAGAAAAAGGGAGAUUUCGAUUACAACUCUAUACUCAUGAAGUCAUGUUUAGGUUGGCUGUUUGAACUGCCACAAUUUCCAGACUUAGAAUACUUCCACUUCUGUGUUAGUAACUAUGAAAAUCAAAAUAGCCAACAUGGUUCUUCAGGUGUUGAUGAUAUUAACAUUAUUGAUCAAGAUAUCUUGUACGCAUUUUGUCCGUAUUUAGAUGAAAUAAAGAAACUUUUGACAUCAACCAGCUCCAAAAGUAACGUCACCGUUAAACAUAUAACUCCAGUAACUGCUGUGCAGUCGUUUGAACAAGUUCACAAAAAGAAAUUUGAGCAACAAUUGGAAGAUUCGUUCCUUAACACCCAACCAGUAUCUAUGAGAAAAACAAUAGAAUUUGUCAGCGAACGUAUAGCUUCAGCUUGUAUUAAACAUAUUUGUAAUGAGGUUGUACCGAAUUAUAAGAAACAGGCUUCAGAGUCUCUAAAAACAUUUCUUGAAGGGUGGAAAAAGGAACAAAAUGUGUCAGAUGGGAACUUCAAUGACAAUCAAAAGUUAGCACUGAAGGCCAUAGUGUCUAAGCAAGUGCAAAACCACCUUGUCGUUCUAAAAGGAAAUUGUUCUAAAGAAGUAACACAGAUAAUGGAAGAAAAAAUUCCUAUAUCAGUUGAAAAUCUUUUAGCUAUUGAUACUCUGAAGGAGACAACUAAUGCCUGCGUAUCUUUAACUGCAAAAAUGUGUAAAGAUCGGGUAAGGCAAUGGAUGGUAACCCAGCUAAACACGAACAUUUUCGCGAAAGAUUUCAACAUGACAACACAGAAAUUUUUGGACCAAAAUGGUCAAAAUAUAAGUGAUAAACCUGUUUUUGCUUUACCUCCUGAAGGAAACGGUAAAACACAUAAUGAUGACUUGAAGAGUGCUGCUGAUAUUUUGGAGCAAAUAAGGUUAAUGUCUGUAGACAUACUGGAAAACCCAAAAGAUGUCAGUGCCGAUUCUUUAAAGAUACUAUUACAAGAUGCAAAUAGGACAUUAAAUGGUAGAUGUGACGUAAAUGAUACCAUUGCUGCUUGUAUUUGUACAACCCUCGUAGAUCUAGCAUUACUUUUAACUGCCUGAAAUAAAAGUGUGAGGUCGUAUUUUCGAACGUGUUGACAUGAAAUUUCGUUGUAAGUACAAAAAACUGUCAAAGAAGCUCAUAAAAUGUUAAAACUAGUGUACUGUGUUGAUGUGGUGACUCUGAAUACUAUUUAUAAGUGGUAAGAGUAACUCAAAAGCAGGAAUGAGUCGGUUGAACAAUGCCGAAGGUCGUCAUUCUACCUCAAAAACCGACGAAAACCUAGAAAAAGUGGCAAAAAUACGAUCGCCCAAACGGUCGAUUGACGAUUCGAGAGUUUGCCGAAGAAGUGAACAGUGAUGAUUGAAGGGUCGUCCUGAUACAAAUUCAGACUUCAUGGCCAAAAUUAUAACUGUAGAUGAAAGCUAAAUGAGUGGCUGUGUCCCUGAAACAAAGGUACAAAGUUAUCAAUGGAAGAGUGCAUGUCCUCUCCCCAAGAAGUUGUCUAUAGAACAGACAUUAUGCCUGAAAACAGCAUGAUCCAGUUGUUCAUCUCAGUAUGGAGAUGUUACUACUCAAACACUGACAAUUUAUUCAAAAAUUUACUCUGCCCAAGGAAUGUAAUGCUAACAGCGCAAGGGUGUAACAAUGAAGAAAUUUGGACUAAUUUUGCCAGAUUUGCAGCUAUUUUGGUGAAAGAAAAAGUGAUUUCAAGUAAAAAUUUAGAAAGCCAGUGUACAGGGUUUUAUAAAAAGGAAUGGGAUCAGGUGACUUUGAGCAAUGUUUCUCUGUUUCUCAAAAAAUUUGCGGAGUACCACAAAUCUCUGGGAGGCGACGCAAGCAAAUUUUCAUUGCUUAUAGAAUUCCUUUCUGAAUUCUGUGAAGAUCUGUAGCCUCUAAUAGGUGUCAUUUUAUUUUAUUUUUUAUUUAUUUGACGUGUUUUAAUAAAACAAUAUAAUUUUACACACAA